CACUUUCGGAGCAGCGUACCUCUAGCACCAUGGGGACCGUAUUGUCGUUCAGUCCGCGGGACCGUCGAGGGUCUGUUUACCCGCCAACGGGGCAUCAACAUCCCGCUGACUUCACAUUGAACAACUUCAAUUACGAGCAGCUAAACAACGCGAAGAAUCGCGAGAACAAAAGCGGCGUUGCCACAGUGGCGCCGGCGCCACCUCCACCGACCAACAAUAACUCGUUACAGAACAAUAACAUUAAUCUAAAUAACAACGACAAUGCGAGGAUCAUCUCGGAAAAGAACGCCCUCGAGAAGAAUCUGAAGAAGCAUUCGCUGUUUAUAAACGCCCUGUCGUGGAAGCGAUUCAGCACGACUAAUAACAACAAGAAAAAGCUCGACAACAAGAACAAAAAUAUCGCCUUCAGGCAGCCUCUCGAUAACAUUCCUAUUGUUGAUAAGAAUAAGAACAUACAAACGCCGCAGACAAAACAACCGGCGUCAAAUAACAAUCACACCACGCACAAUCCAACGUGUGAGAAAUUGGUGCAGAAACCCCUGCCUCCUGGACCAAGGAAAACUGUCAUCCAAGCCUCCACCUCGGAAUUGCUCAAGUGCCUCGGCGUCUUCCUGCACAAGAAAUGCACCCGUUUAAGGGACUUCCAGGCCGGCGACGCUGUCAUGUGGCUCAGAACUGUCGACAGAAAUCUCCUGCUUCAAGGCUGGCAGGACGUGCCCUUUAUAAACCCUGCCAACGUAGUGUUCGUGUAUAUGCUGGUGAAAGAGCUCGUCGACGGCGACGAGGCAUCCGAGAAGGAACUCCAGGCGACGGUACUGACGUGUCUUUACCUGAGCUAUAGUUACAUGGGUAACGAGAUCAGUUACCCGCUAAAGCCGUUCCUCGUCGAGGACAGCAAGGACAAGUUCUGGGACCGAUGUCUUCUGAUCGUCAACCGACUUAGCUCCGAAAUGCUGCGAAUCAACAGCGAGCCCGGUUUCUUCACAGAGAUCUUCAGCGAGCUGAAGGCCUGCGGUUCCAGCGAACGCGGAAGUCUGACUGGCAGCGGCCUCGAACGGAGCCUCGUCGUCUCCGGAGUCGCGGUACCCACCAAGGCAGCUUGACGGAGCUACACACACCUGCUGGUGCGCAUCGCCAGGCACGGCUGCG